AUGAGCGCAGUGCGGGCGAGCUUACUCGAGGAGCUACUGAGCAGACCGAACCCACCGCUCUCGCCGAAGAGGCCAUGGAAGCCAGAACUGAGCGAGGAGAUCGGCUCGUUGCCCAAGUCGGUCGAUCUCAACAUCCGUGCAGCGCUUCACUUGCUCAAUGACGAUAUCGAGGCCUGUCACGAUCUUGCUGGAUCUCAAGAGGGCAAUCCUUAUUCGAAUCAUCUUCAUGCGAUCUUGCACCGUCGCGAGCCAGACUAUCCGAACUCAAAGUACUGGUUCAAGCGGUCGCAGAAUCCGAUGAUGAUGAAGGUGUACGGCGGCAAUAGCAUGGCGGCAGCACAAAAGGCCGCCUGCGCAUUCGUGGACGAAGUCGAAGAGGCUGACAAGCAAGGCGGUCAAGCGAGGGCUGAUGCCGAAGGGAAGCAAUGGCAGGAGAUUACUCAGUUGGCGCGAGGGCUGAUCGAUCUGUUGUCGCCGUCUGCUAGCAAAUAAGUGUAGAGGCUCAUGUUCUGUAUCUGCUUUCUCUCUCUGCUGAGGAAGGCCGUCCUGCAAACAUGAUCUGCAUCGAUCCUGCCAUGCUAGAAUACAGCCGAGACCAAUGCCCAGCAAUGCGAUACCUCCCACUCCUCAGAUGAAGCCAAUCUGACCGCGAGGAUGCUCAGCACAGGUCUGCGCGCGGUAUCGAUCAGACCGACCUUGUUGGCGACCUCGAGAGCGUCGACAUCUGGGUUGAGCCGCACAAAGGCCUUCUUCUUGCCAUCCGGUCUACGCGCGCACGACCCGCCAUCAGCUUCUUGGCGUUCGUGAGACGACGAAAACGUGAGACGACAAACCUGAUGAGGGUGUUGAUCUUCAGCGCAUCGACCUGGUAGAGCUUCUUGACGGCAUCCUUGAUCUGGUACUUGUUCG